AUUUUCCUGAAAUAAAGAAACAAACACAGAGAAUCCUUUCAUGUCAGCCAUCAGUCAUCGUUUCAUAAUUUAUCUCUCUCUUUCUUUCUAUGUCUGUGUGUGAGCGUGUAACUUUCGCUAGCGAAAGGAAUCUAAAUCUUUUUAUGCUCAUUUUUAACUUUUUUUUUUUUCUCCACCAUAGGAAACUAAUCUAACAAGAAAUCCACAACCAAGUGGUCCUUCUCAUUUUAUUAUCAUCUGCAACUGCAAAUACACUGUUCAAAGGUUGGUUUCUUUCUUCUUCCGUGACCAAUCUUCCCUUCCUCUUCUGUCUUCUCAUUCAAUAUUCACCUUUAAGCCUUAUUUCAACAAGAUUCAUUAAUUAUUCUUGAAACAUGUAAAAAGAACUUUUUUUUUUCCUAUGUAACUCUCACUUUUAAAGCUUUAAUUACCUUAUCAUAAAAGUAUAAUCGCCUUUUAACUAGCAUAUUUUGCUCUCAUUUUCACAAUUUCUCUUGAAUCCUUGAAUUCUUGAUUCUUGAACUAUCAAUUCUUGAAUUGUGUCUUUUGAUGCUUAAUUUCUUGAACUCUUAAUUCUUGAAUUGUGUCUGUUUUUGAUUAAAACCUGAUGUGGGUUGUAAUAAAACUUUCCUGAGAGCUGGUUUUUAGAUUUUAUUGGUAAUUUCUUCUUUAAAAAUGCCACCUUCUUAUUUCCCUCUUAGAUGGGAAAGUACGGGAGACCAAUGGUGGUAUGCAUCACCAAUUGAUUUUGCAGCCGCAAAUGGUCACUAUGACUUGGUUAGGGAGCUUCUGCACCUUGACACAAAUCUCCUUAUUAAACUCACCUCCCUCCGCCGCAUUCGCCGCCUUGAAACUGUCUGGGAUGAUGAGGAACAGUUUAAUGAUGUUGCAAAUUGUCGUUCUUUAGUGGCCAAGAAACUACUCUUAGCAUGUGAAACAAAGAAAGGCCACAAUACCCUUAUCAGAGCUGGCUAUGGUGGUUGGCUCUUGUACACUGCUGCUUCAGCUGGUGAUGUAAGCUUUGUUAAAGAAUUGUUAGAAAGAGACCCCCUUCUUGUUUUUGGAGAAGGAGAAUAUGGUGUUACUGAUAUACUAUAUGCUGCAGCCAGGAGCAAGAAUUCUGAGGUUUUUAGGCUUCUGCUUGAUUUCACUAUUUCGCGCCGAUGUGGGCUUAACUCUGCAGUGGAGUUGGAAGAGCAGUUGAGUGAGAUUUACUUAGAGUUCAGGCAAGAAAUGAUGAAUAGAGCUGUUCAUGCUGCUGCUAGAGGUGGGAAUUUGGAGAUAUUGAAGGAGCUUGUUGGUGAUUGUUAUGAUGUUUUGGCUUAUAAAGAUGCUCAGGGUUCUACUCUCUUGCAUACUGCUUCAGGCAGAGGACAGGUUGAGGUAGUUAAGGAUCUAAUAUCAUCAGCCUUUGACUUGAUUAACUCUAUUGAUUAUCAAGGAAACACAGCAUUACAUGUAGCUGCAUACAGGGGAUACUUAUCUGUAGCAGAAAUUCUAAUUUGUGCAUCACCCUCAUUAAUCUCCAUAGCAAACAACUACGGAGAUACAUUUCUCCAUAUGGCAGUGUCAGGUUUUAGGACUCCUGGUUUUCGCAGAGUGGAUAGGCAAAUUGAGCUAAUGAAGCAAUUAGUGAGUGGCAAGAUAGUAAAUAUCCAAGAAAUCAUCAAUGUCAAGAACAAUGGUGGAAGAACAGCCCUUCAUGUCGCUGUAAUUGAGAAUAUUCAAUCUAAUUUGGUUGAACUUCUAAUGUCAGUGCCAUUAAUUGAUUUAAAUAUUCGCGAUGUUAAUGGCAUGACUCCGUUAGAUCUCCUUAAGCAACAUCCAAGAACUGCAUCUUCUGAGAUUUUAAUAAAACAGUUGAUUUCAGCUGGAGGGAUCUCUAAUUGUCAAGAUGAUAUGGCAAGAAGUGCUAUUGCUUCACAUUUAAGAGGGCAAGGUAUAGGAAUUAGUCCUGGAACUUCUUUCCGAAUUCCUGAUGCAGAGAUAUUUUUGUAUACUGGUAUUGAAAAUGCUACCGAUGAUAGUUGUGAGAUUACGAGUGUAGAUUACAGUACUUGCUUAAGUGAAGUAAGUGAAUGUGACACUGUUAAUUCAAUGGAUAAGAAGAAGUCAGCUUCUGUUAAGAACGCUGCAAGGCGCUUAAAGUCUCUCCUUCAAUGGCCUAGGAAGAAAGAUAAAAAAGCUGCUAAUUCUGAGUUGACAGAUAAUGAUUCUUUGGAGUCAUUUAGUUUAUCUACAAGUUUCGAGGACCAGCCAAUUCCACUUAGGCAGAGAUAUUCAAAUCUGUCGUCUUUUUCGACGAACAAAAGGGUAUUUUCUUUCAGAGGCAGCCUUCCAAGUCCAUUAACUAGAAGGAAAUUUGCUGCAGGUUUAACACAUGGUGUUAUUCAAGCAAUGCCACAUUUAACUGUUCCAGUUGAAUCUCCUUCAAGUCCACUUUCAGUAUCACCAAUGGCUUCACCUGCUUCAUUGGAUAAAGAAAACGGUAUUCGAUCUUUGAAGCAUAAACAACCAUCCUUCAAUAAGAAAAUGAUGAACCAUUAUUUUUGUUUUGGUGCGCAAGGUUUGGCUGUGGAAAAUUCUAGGAUACAGCAAAAUCAGAGGUACAAGCAUGCUGCUUCUAUGAUGGCCUGAAUUCAUUGUACAAAAAAGUUGGGAGUUCUGGCAAGAACCACAGAAAGAUCAGUAUUUUGGUGAGCAAGCAAAAGUAUUUUUUUUCAAUUUUCCUGUUCAGAAGUUUCUUUGGAAGUAUUUCUUGUUUGACUGUGUAUGUGUAUUUCCUUUUUUACCAAUUGUAAUAUUUUGUUCAAGGAAUGUAAAAAGAAUUUUAUGAAUAAGAUCAGAACUUUGAAAGUUCUCAGAAGUUAACAGUUA